UAGAAACGAGAUUCGACCAUCCAACAGCAAUUGAUAUAUAAGCUGAGAAUUUUGUCAUUUGCAUUUUAUUUUUUCGCAUUGGUGUAGCGUCUUUUAAAACAGCAUUGAUAUUCUUCAAUACAAUAGCAAUUUUUCUUCAGACUCGUUCUAAUUCUUUGCAAUGGCCUCAAAAGUGUUAAAGAAAACUCCACUAUACAAUAUCCAUGUUAAUUAUGGUGGGAAAUUGGUUGAUUAUGCCAAUUUCUCAAUGCCAGUCUUAUAUCCAAAGAUUCAGUCUCAUAUUGAAUCUCAUAAUUGGGUAAGAUCCAAUUCUGGGUUAUUUGAUGUUUCCCAUAUGUUGCAACAUAAACUUUCUGGUAAAGAUGCCUUGAGUUUUUUGCACAAGAUAACUCCAACCGAUUUUAGUGUUUUGGGUGUCGGUAAAUCACAAUUAUCAGUAUUAUUAAAUGAAAAUGGAGGUAUUAUUGACGAUACAAUUAUAACUAAAUAUUCUGACAAUGAGUUUUAUAUUGUUACAAACGCUGGGUGUAUUGACAAAGAUUUAACCUUUUUGAAAAAUCAAUUAGAUGCUUUCCAAAAUGGUAACCACAAUAUCAACCACAAGAUUUUCAAUCAGGAAACAGCUUCUUUAAUUGCUUUACAAGGUCCUAAAUCAUCUGAAAUUUUACAAAAAAUCUUUCCCGAUAUUAAUUUAUCAACUUUAUUUUUCUCUAAUUCGGCUUUUUUCAAAAUCAAUAAUGAUUAUUCUAAAGACUCAAUUAAAUAUAAUUCAGACUCUAAUCCUAUUUUAAAAUUCGAGGAUUUGUUUUUGAAUGAAUCAAAUCACAAUAUCAUUCAUAUUGCAAGAUGUGGUUAUACUGGCGAAGAUGGUUUUGAAAUUUCAAUUCCAAAUCCUGAAUUAGCUAAUCAUUUUACUAAUUUGUUACUAAAUCUUAGUAAUGUUAAACCAAUUGGUUUAGCAACAAGAGAUUCAUUGCGUUUAGAAGCUGGUAUGUGUUUGUAUGGUCAUGAAUUAAGUGAAUCUAUAACUCCAAUUGAGGCUAACUUGAACUGGCUAGUUUGCAAAGAUUUUGAAAAUUCUACUUAUAAUGGUAAUUCAAAGAUUGUUUCUCAACUUUCCAAAAAAGAAAAGGUUUUACAAAGAAGAGUGGGAUUUACAUUAUUAGAUAAGAGUCCUGCUGCAAGAGAGAAUGUCAAAAUUUUUAGUAAUGAUGAUCCAGAAAAACAAAUUGGUUACGUCACUAGUGGUUCCUACUCUCCUACUUUAAAAGUUAACAUUGGACAAGCUUAUAUUAACCCUCCAUUCAAUAAGAAAACCACUAAAAUUUUAUUAGAAGUUAGAGGCAAGAAGAGAUUGGCUGAAGUUUCCAAGUUGCCCUUUGUUCCACCAAAUUAUUAUAGGGGUUAGAAUUCGAGGGUUUUAAUGUACAUUUUUUUAUUAUUGUGACCAUUUAUAUAUCUAUAAUUAUAUUCAUACUUUCAUAUUCCAUUUUUCUAAAUCAUAAAAUAUCUUUUCUAUAUUCUUCAACUGUCUUUACAUCAGAUCGAACAUUGUAAGUAUAUAAAAUUGAUUUUUUUCUUAGUUUUAUUAACAUUGAUAAUACAAAUUC